GGGCCGGGGGGGCGUGGGCCGGGCGGGGGGCUGGGCGGGCGCCGGCCAUAUUGGGUCGCGGCGCGCAGCCCGCCGGUGCGGCGGAGUCGGCGUUGCCUCGCUGCCCGCCCGCGGCGGCCACCACCACUACCUCGUCGCCCGCACGCCAGCGGCUCGGCCCCUGCCUCGGCCGUUGUCGGCUUGGCGCUGCUGUUCGCUGCGGCGGCGCCUCCCGCCUGUUUCCCGCUCCGCCAUGGAAACCUCCACGCCGGUGAAGGGCCGGGGCCGGGCCCGGGGCUGGGGCUGGGGCUGGGGCUCGAUGUCCCCCAUGCUGCCGAGCCCCGCGCGUAUGUCCCGGCUGCAGGAGAAGGAGGAGCUGCGGCGGCUGAAUGACCGGCUGGCCGCCUAUAUAGACAGGAUGCGGGGCCUGGAGUUAGACAGCAGCGUCCUGCAGGUGCGGGCCGCCGAGCAGGAGGAGAUGUGGAGCCGCGAGAUCAGCUCCGUGAAGGCGAUCUACGAGGCCGAGCUGUCCGACGCCCGCCGGGCGCUUGACGACACGGCCCGGGAGCGGGCCAAGCUGCAAAUCGAGCUGAGCAAGAUCUGCGCCGAUUACGAGCGGUUGCUGAGCAGCUGUGCAAAAAAGGAAUCUGACCUUAAUGGAGCCCAAGUCAAACUUCAAGAGUGUGAAGCAGCCCUCAGUUCUAAAGAAGUUGCCCUGGCUACAGCCCUUGGUGAUAAGAAAAGUCUGGAGGGAGAAAUUAAGGAUUUAAAAGAUGAAAUUGUACAGCUUGAAACUACUUUAGCUGUUACCAGGGAACACCUUGCAAAUGAGACCUUACUGAAGGUGGAUCUUGAAAACCGUUGUCAAAGUCUCAUUGAGGACUUGGAAUUCCGUAAAAAUAUGUAUGAGGAGGAAAUCAAAGAAACUAGAAGGAAACACGAAACUCGCUUAGUUGAGGUUGAUUCUGGGCGUCAAAUUGAGUAUGAACAUAGACUGUCCCAAGCCCUUAAUGAAAUCAGAGAGCAGCAUAAUGCACAAAUGAAGCUGUACAAAGAAGAGCUUGAACAGACUUAUUGUGCCAAACUUCAGAAUGCUAGACUGUCCUCUGAGAUGAGCAGUGAUGCAGCCAACUCUGUAAGACAAGAACUGAAUGAGUGUCAUGUAAGAAUUGAGACUCUGUCUGCCCAUGUUACUAGCCUUCAGCAAGAGUCUAGAGCAUGGCAAGAUAGAGUGCAAGAACUUGAGGAAACCUUGGCCAAGGAACGGGAAAACUGUCGCAAAAUAAUGAUUGAGAAAGAUAAGGAAAUAGUAGACAUAAGAAGUCAGAUCCAGGAGCAGCUGAGUGACCAUGAAGAACUCCUGGAUGUUAAACUGGCACUUGAUAUGGAAAUCGAAGCAUAUCGGCAACUGCUUGAGGGUGAAGAGGAGAGGUUAAGACUUUCUCCAAGCCCAUCUUCCCAAGUGUCAGUUUCAUGGGCUUCAUCAAGCCAUAGUGUGCGUACAACCAGAGGGAAGAGGAGGAGGAUUGAUGUGGAGGAAUCUGAAGCCAGCAGUAGCGUUAGCAUUUCCCACUCAGCUUCUGCCACUGGAAAUGUCUCUAUUGAGGAGACAGACGUUGAUGGAAAAUUCAUCCGCUUGAAGAACACCUCUGAACAGGAUCAGCCUAUGGGAGGUUGGGAGAUGAUCCGAACAAUAGGAGACACUUCUGCUAGUUACAGAUAUGCCUCAAGAUAUAUAUUAAAGGCAGGCCGGACUGUUACAAUCUGGGCUGCAAAUGCUGGAGUAACUGCUAACCCUCCGACUGACCUCAUCUGGAAGAACCAGGAUUCCUGGGGCACUGGCGAAGAUGUGAAAGUUGUGCUGAAGAAUUCUCAGGGAGAGGAGGUUGCUCAGAGAAGCACUGUCUUUAAAAGAACUAUACGUGAAAGGGAAGAGGAAGAAGUUGAGGAAGAAACAGAUGAAGGUCUGGAGGAGGAAAGCCAGGAGAUGGACCUAUCUAACACAACCUGUGUGAUCAUGUAACUUCCAGUCAGCCAGGUUCCUCAAAUCAUGGUAAUCCUUCCCUACAGAACAGAGCGUUCUUGGAAGCACAACGUAUUUUUGUAUUUUCUGUAUGUGAAUCUUUAAGCUGCGAGUCUGAAGGCCUUAAUUUCCUUUGCCACUGAGCUUUCAACAACACUUUGCAACUGUAACUUUCUUGCAGGAUGUGAAUUGUUGACUGUGAACAAUGUACUGUUUGAAAAAUGAUGUCCCUCUCCCUCAGAUUCAUAUGCCAGUCUUUUUAUUGAAACCUUGCUGGAAUUGAAAUGUUCCACUGUUUUGGGGAUAGAUUUUUCUUAGACAACACAUUGUAGACUAGCCAGUUGCUGUUGACCUCUUUUAUAUUUAGGUGCUGUUGGGGAAGGGGAAAGCAUUUUCGAUACUACAAACUCUUUUGUACUGGAGAUUUUUUUUCUUACAACACAAUCAAGCUAUGAAACUUUGUAUUAGAAAAAGAACAGCUUUGUUAAAAAAAAAAAACAACCCAAAAUGAAAAAAAAUCACAUACAAAAAACUCCGUAGCCCAGCUGAUCAGAGGAUGAAGAUUGCAGUAAAACUCCUUAUUGGUACUCUUUUUCUUUUUUAGAUUUCUUAUUCUGGAGGUGGAUUCAUGUUAAACACUUUAGUUGUGUUGCUAAGGUAGUGUAACCACCUUAAAUUUUCUACAUAACUUUUUAACAAAUAGAAGGCUGUUUUAAUAUGGAUUGUCUUGCUUGUGGACAGUUUGUAGGAAAAAAAUCCACUUCUAGGGGUCUAGUCAACAUUCGUAUGGAAAACAAUUGAAAGUGUCAAUGUGGAAAGUUUUCCUGUUCUUUCUGCAUUAAUCUAAUGUCUGAAAAAGUUUUGAAUAAAGUGUCUCUGUCUAAGAUGUUAUCAAU